AGUAUCUCGUCAGUGGUUAUGUCAAGAAAGAGGAAAAUUGAUCGAAAGUUUAAUCGGAUAACAGCAUUGAUUAAUCGAGGAAAUUAUCGAAAACGAUCGAAAAAUUGUCAAUUUUCCAAUUAAUCGUUAAAAUUAUUUUCCCCUGAUGCAGUUUGGAGCAGAAAUGAAGUGCAAAUUUCUCGUUAACCUGUGCAAUCAACUAUCCUAGUCCACAAUUGUAAUGAACAGUGAGUGAAGUCGAGUGUGAUAGAAAUAUUACUCCGGAUCCCGAGCGGAGGUUAAGCGUGCAUAGCUGAUGUAUUCAUCUGGAACGAGUUGAAAUUGAUAAAUUCGCGAAGCGCGACGAAGAUGUCGUACAAGGUUGGCCAGCGCGUCGAGGUGCCGGUAAAGGAAUGUCAAGGCGUGAUAGCCUACGUCGGUUAUCCGCUUUUUGCAUCCGGCAAGUGGAUCGGAGUGAUACUCGACGAGCCAAAGGGCAAGAACAAUGGUACUGUGAAAGGCAAGAUGUACUUCAAUUGCACAGAAAAUUAUGGAAUGUUCGCGCGUCAAACGCAGCUUAUCUUGCUGGAUGAAGCUGGUAAUAGAACAGAGCCUGUCAGCCCAUCAUCAGCAGGCAGCAGUGCCACAACACCUGAUGACAGUGGUCCUGCGAGAGCCAGAAGUCGCCUAAAUAGCAUUAGUACACGUCGAAGGAAUGAGCCUACAGCUGUACGGAGAAAAACAUCUCCUGCGAACAUUACUCGUCAGCAAUCUGACAAACUUUCUGGUUCUCGAUUAUCUUUGACCGGGAGUAGAACGUUAUUAAGUGCCCCAAGCACAGAAAGCCUCUCCGGAUCACAGCAUGAACGUAGAGACGGCGGCGAGUCGUUAAUUCCAGCCCCAACUUCCACAAAACGCGCUUCAUUUAUCGAGAAGUCCCCUAGCACGAGCUCGCCUCCCGGCAAAAAGCCAAAGGCCCAAGAUGAUCACAAUAAUACAGGUUUUGUAGAAACGCUGAAGCCGCAGUUCGUACCCGGCCAAGUGAUGGCAGGUUCGACGGCGGCUGCGAAUCUGGUGGAGGAGAAGUUGUCGCACUUGCAACUCGCGCAAGAGAAUGAUAACUUGAAAUCUCAGGUACACGAUCUUACCGAGAAAGUAGAAACGCUGCGUGUGAAACGAAUGCAAGACAAGGAACGGAUGAAAGACUUCGAGAAGACGAAGCUUCAAAUAGAGCAACUUCUCGAGUUCAAGGCUAAAGUCAUGGAAAGUCAAGCAAGUCUUCAGAGAGACCUUCAACGAGCCCGACAAGAAGCCCGAGAUGCACAUGUGGCGAGAGAGCAGUUCCAGGAAGAAAUGGCCGACCUCGCAGAGACUGUGGAAAUGGCUACGCUAGAUAAAGAAAUGGCGGAAGAAAAGGCCGAGACGCUUCAGAUCGAGCUGGAGCAACUCAAAGAUAAACUCGAAGAGCAAACGUUGGACCUAGAGAUACUACGCACAGAGAUGUCUGAGAGGGCGGCCGGUGGUGGAUCGACCACGGGAACUUCGAGCUACGAGAUAAAGCAGCUGGAACAACAGAACAGCAGGCUGCGCGAGACGCUCGUGAGGAUGCGCGACCUGUCAGCUCACGAGAAGCACGAGUUCCAGAAACUGCAGAAGGACAUGGAUCAGAAGAAGUCCGAGAUCUUGGAAUUGGGUCGCACAAAGGAGAAGCUAUCGGCGCGCGUCGAGGAAAUGGAACAUCAGAUCGCGGAUCUGCAGGAACAGGUCGACGCGGCAUUGGGAGCUGAAGAAAUGGUCGAGAUGCUGGGUGAGAAGAAAAUGGCAUUGGAGGAGAAAGUGGCCGAGCUGGAGGAAGCUGUCGCGGACUUGGAAGCUCUUCAGGACAUGUCCGACCAAUUGGCGGAGUCGUCCAAGGAGUUGGAGCUGGAGCUACGCGAAGAGUUGGAUCUCGCUCUCGGCGCGGCACGCGAUGCUCAACGGCACCGGGACGCCGCGUUGGAGACGCUCGCGGACCGUGAGCUAACCAUCGCCAAAUUUCGCGAACUUACGCAUCAGUUGCAGGAGCAAUGUUUGCAGUUGCAGCAACGAGUGCAGUCGACGGAGUCCACGAAGACCAACGUUCGAGGCGCGGACCAACAGCUGGCAGAGAUACUGGACUUCCAAAAGACGUUCGCCGAGACCCGGGCGCAAACCAAGGCCGUGGAUCUCGAGUUGCGCCGGUUGGACGCGGAGGAAGCACGGAAUCACGUGUGUUACCUGCUGUCCUUCAUGCCGCCUGCGUUCUUGGCUCGCGGCAGCGACCACGACGCGAUACUGAUGCUCCUGCUGAUACCGAGAAUGACGCAGAAAACGGAGAUACUGAUCUCACAAGUGCGGGAGAAGUACAGGUCGAUCGAGAAGAUAGAUCGGGCUUCGGUAAUAAGAGGUCACUCGGUGGCGCAGUACACAUUCAGGUCACGUCUGUGCUCGCACAUGUACGCCCUGCAGACGGCGUUGAGCUGUUUCGAGUCGGUCCUGAACUCGUGCAGCCCGGAGAUGCUGCUUAAAGCGGGCAACGCUUACCCGGAAAUGGCGGCGCAAGAGAAAUCUUUGGAUUCGUUGAUCGAGCUGGCCAAGAGGGACCAGUUGGAUGAGAACUUGCCGAUGGAAGUGAUUGAAAAGUGUUGCACGUACUUCGCCACGAUGUUUUCCGUGCUCUUCGGCGAAAGCACGGCCGUCAAUCAGGCGCGUCUGAUCGUCAAUGGGACGAGAACCUUGGGCAGCACGUGCGACGCCAUCUCCACCGACGCUACGGCGAUCAAAGCGCUAAUACAGGGCGAGGGUGGCGAUAUCGGUCUGCUGUGUCAACACGUUGAAACGACAUGCGAGGUGAUUCAACAGCACCUGAAAUCAGCUAGAAGGCGAGUACCACGCGAUCAUGCUGGUCCGGCGUUCUCCGUAGGCGCCAAUUUGGGAUUAGAUAAAGACUGCAACGAGCAAUUCUCAACGUCGUAUCAGCACGCCGUGAAAAUCAUGAAGACGCUUCAAAAUCUGUUGAAGAGCGCCCUGCAAGCUAUCACCGAAAAUGGCGACCUAGAUACCGGACUGGCAGCUGAUAAGCUGAAAGAGAUGGCUGCGACAUCCAGCGAAAAGGUAUACGAUACCGAAGAUUUAGGACCUGUGGCUACCAUCAAAGCGAGCUUAACAGUGAUACAACAAUUGGCGGCGAAUCUGGCGCAGAAGAUGGCCGAGUGUGAGAAUGAGUUAGCUAUAAGUGGACAAACGCAGAACCAGCAGCAAUCUUUGGAGGGUGAGCAGGUGACGCCAAUCUUGAUCAGAGCAAACACGGCGAGAAAGGAGUCGGAAGAAACUAAAAUACUCAGCAGGAAACUUGAGGCGCGGGACAGUGAUAUUCGUGAGGCUAGAUUAGCUCUGCGAGAGAAGCAAGAGGAGUUGUCCGAGAUGACGUUACGGAAGGAGUUGGCCGAGAAGCGUUUCAUUACACAACAACACGAGCACGAGAUGAACGUCGAACAACUGAAGAGAAAAUUGGAAGAAGCGCAAAACCAAUUGAAACGGAAGGAGAAAGAAUUCGAAGAAACAAUGGACCAUCUCCAGACCGAUAUUGACAGUCUGGAGACAGAGAGGGGACAAUUGAAGGAGAAGCUUAAAUCGAUCGGCAAGAAAACGUUGUCGACAUCCGGCACGGACAAUAUCACAGGCAGCAAUUCGUUAACGAGCACCAUGGACAACAAGUAUUAUAUGCAAGAGAUUAACGCUCUCAGGGAAGCCUUGAGCAACGAGCAUCUGCAGAAGAAGAAGAUAAUGUGCGACGUUCUGCGUCAGAAGCUGGAUAGCCUAGAGCCGUUGUCGUCAUCAGCGAGUCUCAAGUCCUUGGAUUUGACGAUUCAAGAUUUGCGGAAGAAAACUACAGAUCUCGUUAAAGAUGUUCAGAAAACCUUGGUAUAUCCGACAGUUCCUGACUUGAGGCGCAAAGUGCCUGAAACGUCUUAUCACUACUUAUUGGAGCGGCGAAGAAAUAUCAUGCAGCUGAAAGAGCGAGCCGACGAAUUGGCGGCUCAAGUCCGUCGUGAGGCUAUCAAACGCACACCCGGUGGACGAGCGGAGGCGAAUUUCGCCGUGUAUCCGAAUCGCGAGAUGGCGGCGGCGAUGCAAGAAUGCAAGUUACUCGCCGCCGAGAUAAAGAUCCCUUACAAUGGCCCGGAACGAUCGUUCUCUGUUAAUGUAGGCACGCAAGAACUUAGGAAAAUUCACACUUUGCUGUACUAUUAAAAAAGGAGAAAAUUUGCCGCGCGUUGCUUGGUUAUUUAUUUCUUGUGACAAGGUAUGAGAAGCAAACGUUAAGAUAUACUCUGUACACACAAGACUAACUUUUUUUCUAAUAGCUCCUUUAUUGAUAGCAAUAUUAUCUGCAAUGUUGCCGUACUCUGUCAACGCUCUAUUAGAGAAAGAAAAAGAACAAAAACAGAUUAAAUGAGUUAUUACAUGUAUAAUGUUACGGAUAUUUUUUAACGUUAACUUUAAGCUUUUGUACGGAGAAAAUUUGCGUUAUAUCCUUGUAUUCGACGAGUGAGGUACAGGGCGAUAUUUAGUAAUUCGUAAUUUGCACUCGUGCAAUAUUUAUUUAUUUCCGAUGGGGCUACAGCGCGAUGACCGGCGCAUCGCGGCUGGGAGGCUUUCCAGCGUUCUCUCUCUCUCUCUCUCUCUCUCUCUCUCUCUCUCUCUCUCUCUCUCUCUCUCUCUCUCUCUUUCUCUCUCUCUCUCUCUCUCUCUCGUUACGUUUAUAUAAACGCAAUUGUCAUUGUAGUAUUAACAAUUCAGAAGAGAAAUCGUGUGCCUCUGCGGCUUUUCUGUAUUAUAUGUCCUUAAGAGUUGUCAAAUAUACGAUCUAAAAAUA